CGGAGAUUAAUGACAAUUAUCGAGAACGGAACAGCGAAAUAAAUUAUUUUUAUUAUUUUAAUUAUUUAAUAUUAAUUAAAAUAUUUUUUAUAAGUGUUCAAAUUUUCUAAUCACGUUCCAGCAUCAACAAAAUUUGAGAACUCGAGUGAUUGUACACACACUGAUAAGCCAAUAAAAAUGUGUUAGAUUUAAUUUGCGUUCAAAGUUGAACAACAAAUAAUGAUUAAAGUUCUGCUUCACCGUCAGAGUGGUAUAGAAAUUAGGUAGCCACUGUAACGAAUGCCUCCGGCAUUGGCGUCCAUGGAACACCUUGGCCCAGGUUUUGUCAACACUAACUUACGCAACCCCUACUCACCGUCAAGUUCAAAAUUUCACAGCCCGAACACAACGUAUGUGAAUACCUCUUCAUUUUAUCCAAAUAAAUAUGUUCCACAGCAAGCGGCUAAUCGGCUCUUGUGGACGGCGAUUUAUAAUUAUGAAGCUCAAGGUGAAGACGAAUUAAGCUUGAAACGAGGUGAUAUUGUAGAAGUACUUUCAACCGAUGCUAAGAUAUCAGGGGACGAAGGAUGGUGGACAGGUAAACUAGGUGCCAAGGUAGGCAUAUUCCCAGCAAAUUUUGUGACUGAAAAAAUUAUACUGGAAAAUGUGUCUACUGUCGUUGAGAAUGUCCAUAUUACUGAAAUUGACUUCAGUGAACUCGAACUUGAGGAAGUAAUUGGGGUUGGUGGCUUUGGAAAAGUUUAUCGUGGCUAUUGGAACAACAAAGAAGUCGCCGUAAAAGCUGCCCGUCAAGAUCCUGAUGAAGAUAUUAGUGAAACAGUGAAGAAUGUCAAGCACGAAGCUAAUCUUUUUUGGUUAUUGGAACAUGAAAAUAUCGUAUCCAUGUUAGGCGUAUGCCUGCAAGUGCCAAAUUUAUGUUUAGUUAUGGAAUACGCAAGAGGAGGCUCGUUGAAUCGUGUAUUAAUGGGAAGAAAGAUACGGCCUGACGUGUUGGUUGAUUGGGCUAUUCAAAUAGCUAGAGGAAUGAACUAUCUACAUAAUGGUGCUCCAAUAUCUUUGAUUCAUCGAGAUUUAAAAUCAUCAAAUGUACUACUCAACGAACCGAUUGAAAAUAAUGAUUUUCAAUUUAAAACGUUAAAAAUCACCGAUUUCGGCCUGGCGAGAGAAGUGUAUAAAACAACUAAUAUGUCGGCUGCUGGUACAUAUGCUUGGAUGGCUCCUGAAGUUAUAAAAACGUCAACUUUUUCUAAAGCUAGCGAUGUCUGGAGUUACGGUGUCUUACUCUGGGAAUUGCUUACUGGCGAAACACCUUAUAAAGGAAUUGAUGCACUGGCUGUGGCGUAUGGAGUUGCGGUUAACAAACUUACACUUCCGAUACCGUCUACUUGUCCACAACCUUUUAGAGAACUAAUGGAAGCUUGUUGGGAUUCUGACUCCCACAGGAGACCGUGUUUCGAAGACAUUCUAAAAUCGUUAGACGAUAUUGUACACUCGGCUUUUACCCAAGCGCCUCACGAGUCUUUUCAUACAUUACAAGACGUGUGGAAAGUCGAAAUCGAAGAAGUACUAAAUGAUUUGCGAAUGAAAGAAAAGGCUUUUGAUUCUAAAGAAGAAGAACUGAGAUGCCGUGAGGAAGAAUUGACUCGUGCUCAAGUACAGCAACAAAUCGCCGAAAAACACUUAAAACAAAGAGAACGUGACUUGGAGGCACGCGAAAUGGAACUACUUAAAUGGGAAUUGAAUAUUAUUAUGCAGCAGCAACAGGCCUCACCGAUACCGACUCCGAACAAACGGCGAGGCCAUUUUAAACAAUCCAGGUUGUUGAAAAUGUUAACCAAAUCAAACCAAUUGCCCAUUAGCUCACCGUCUGAUUUUCGACAUACAAUAACCGUACAACACACUGGGGAUAGAAAAAAUUGCGAUACCUCUGGCCCUAACAGUCCGCCGGGGUCUCCAAACACUCGUAGACUGAGAGCUUUUGUUCUGCCCGCCGACGGAGUCAAAGGCAAGACAUGGGGUCCAAGUACGUUCCACCAACGCGAACGCGUUCACAUCGUAUGCGGUAGCCCGUCGUAUCCGUCAUCGCCGGCUACGUCGACCAACAAGGGCUGGUCCAGGUCGGCGCCCGACCUGGAAAAGCAUCCGGUGUCUGUGCGUGCCAACUUUGCCGCGUUACAAGAAAUAGAGUACAACGGACCGCCGAUGACAGGCAAUUGGGUGAAUGACGAUUCGACCAACACUUUGUGGAAUAACAAUUGUGCGGAAACUGAUGAAUUACAGUCGACGGGAACACCGUCUAAGACCAGUGCUUCGACCAAGACUUCGCUCGUGGAGAACGUGCUGCACAAAGCCGGAUCUCUGUUGGCCAGCUUGGUAUUGGGCGUUGACAUCAAGACCCGCUCGUCGGUUUCUUCGCCGCCUUCGAGUCGCAACGUAUCCGACCAUUGGCCGCCCGACACUGGAUCCCGUAUGACACAGUGUCCAGCGUCAACCGAUUAUUAUGAACGUAGCCGAAGUCAUUCUCAUAAACACAACACGUAUCACGGACCGACCAGGCAUUUCCGUGUACCUCUGUCGCAAAGUUUGGACGCCAAGCCGUUACGGUUUACCGAUAGUCCUCAACAUCGGUCGAGUCGAUCGAGGAAAAAACAUCACAGGUCUUCGCCUAAAAAAAAACACAACGCCGCUAGCACCGAUAACAACGAUGCUUCUCGUUGUCCAGCGUUUACCGAUCAUAUUAAAAAGACAGAUUUCAUUUCCCCCACAAGAUAUCGUCAGUUAUCGAACGAUAGAGGAUACGAUCACAGUUAUGAGUACGAUAAAAGAACAUUGUACGCUUACGACAAUCCCAGUGCUCACAACGACGGUGGCGGUUUACAUUCGUUUCAACCAGGAAGCCGUCAUCAGUAUAAAUACGGAGGUAGAAAUCCUACGUUCAUAUUGGAACCCGAGGAAUGUUAUCAGACAAACGUGACGGCCACGUCGUUGUCGUUACCGUAUUUGAGACGUGCCGGUGAUUAUUCCAGUUAUUUCUCACCGGACAACCCCCCUAGUGUACGGUUGGAACGGCCAAACACGUUAGAGCCGAGCAGUACUCCGUCGAGACUGAGGUCGAGCCUUAAGAAAACCUUAUACGGCAGUCGUCAGACCAACGCCGGAUCGUCGAGCCCGGUGUCGCCGACCAAUCUAACGCCGCCGGACAGUUUGACUAGCGACGACAGCAGUUACAUGUCGGCCAGGGAUAGUUCAGCGUCAACGUCUACGGCCAGAGUGAGGUUUUCGCCGAUCACGCUUCUCGACCUGCCCACGCAAGGACAACGCCAAGAUUCCACCGUACCCCUAAAAGCAUCGCCGUCCAGGCGGCCGUCGGUAACGGAAUUUCUCACUUGAGAAAAUGUGAGAACUUUUAUCAGUAUUUUAUAUAUAUAUAUAUGUAUUUUUAUAUAGCUCAAUUGUGAAAAACAUAGACCUUAAGGACAUUUAUUAUUUUUUAAUUAUAUAAGAAAUCCCAUAUUUUAUUAUUACACGUUUAAUCGCAUCGAAUAUUUUGAAAGUAUAAAUUUUUACCGCGGAGUGAGGUAAACUCACUCGGUUUCCGUAUAUAUGUGAUAAUUAGUAAAUUAUUAAGAUUAAAGUGACCAAAAUUAGUAUUUUUUUAUUUAAAAAUAAUUAAUAUUUUUUACAUAUUAUAUAUACAUACAUAUAUUAUAUAUUUUUCGGUUGCCAUACAUUGUAUUUACUAUUUUUUUUUUUUAAAUAACUCCCAAAAGACUUAGUAUGAUAAUUUUGUAUCGUUUAAUGUUAAUAUAAUAUUAUAGUAUAUAUUUUUCUUAUUUAACUCGACAUUAAAUUAUAUUCUAAAUUUUUGUUUUAAACACGUUGUUUGUUAUCGUCUUAAAAUAUAAUAUUAUAGCUUUAGUAUGUGAAAUAUUAAAGAUGACAUAAAAAUAUGUAUUUUUUUAUUUUUAUUGUCGACAUAAAACGGCUUUUUAUUGUAAUUACAAUUAUUGUUGUAGCUAUUUUUUUUGUAACUGCCAAGUCUCGUUUCUUCUUAGACGAUGUCGAAGGCGCUUUGUUGACAAUCAUUUUAUACUUUUGCACGUAACAACAGCGAUGUAUGAAUUUAUUUUUUACGCUCAAAAUAAAUGAUUAAGUGAAAAACACAGCUUG